UUUGCAAUCGAUUCAGAAUCGAUACAAUCGCAAUUUUAUUCGUUCAUCACCGUAUGUGUGUGUGAUGUGAUGUUUACAUAUAUAAAUUUCAAAUGGCAAAAUAUCUAACCCGACAACGUAAACAAAUUCUUGAUUCAAUACUUCGUGUUGAUCAUAGUGGUGAAUUAGCUGCCGAUCGUAUUCAUUAUGGUCUUAUGUAUGCAUUUCGUAAUGAUCAACAAUUUCAACCGAUUAUUCAUCAUUUAUGGGAACAAGAAAAACGGCAUCUAGAAUAUUUUUCCAAACAAUUAGUAUUGAAUCGAUCACGUAAAAGUUUUUUAACACCUGUUUGGGAAACAUUAAGUUUAGGACUUGGCCUUACAAGCGGUAUGCUUGGACGACGUGCUGCAAUGGCUUGUACAGUGGCCGUUGAACGUACAAUAACCGAUCAUUAUGAUAGUCAAAUACGACAAUUACUUAAGGAUGAUUUACGUGUACAUCGGGAAUUGAUUGAAAAUAUAAGUCAAAUUCGUGAUGAUGAACAAGAACAUCAUGAUACUGGUCGUGCAAAUGAUGCAGAAAAAAUGCCCGCUUAUAGUUUAUUCGAUGCAAUCAUUUCCAAUGGUUGUAAAGUGGCCAUACAAAUUGCCAAAAGAAUAUGAAUUCAAAUUACCAUGAUGACAUGACAGGUGGCGCCAGUUUCUCUUUUUGAAACAAAAACAAAACAAAAAAAAAUUUGAAUCUGAAAAUUCAAAUAAUUGUUGAAAUAUUUU